AUGAGGGACAACCUAGUGUUUUCUGGGAUUCCGGAGAAGCCUGAUGAAGAUCCUGAGCAAACCGUCCAGGAUUUCAUCAAAAGACACCUGAAACUUCCAGAAGACAUGGCAAACUCCAUCACGUUUCACCGCGUCCAUCGCCUAGGAGGAAGAAGAUCCGAAGCCCAGAGACCUAGACCCAUUGUUGCUAAAUUUGAACACUUUAAGCAGAAGGAACAGUUCCCCCAGGAUAUCCUGGAUCAUCGCAGAGUCCUCUUCCCGAUCCAGAAGAAGCUCAUGACGGAGGGAGCUCGUGCUGUCAUCACCGUGGACAAGCUGUACUCAGAGGUUUUUGUACGACGGUUUCAUCAGUUUGUAUCACUGUGGUGGACUUUUGGUGGAGGAACCAGACUGGAUGUUGGAAGUGAUGUCCGUCCCUCCCUGACAGUCCUGUCCAGUGGGGAGCUGCAGCAGGGGACGGCCACACUCAUGUGUCUGGCCAACAAGGGCUUCCCCUCAGACUGGAGUCUGUCCUGGAAGGUGGACGGCAGCAGCAGCAGCAGCAGCUGGGAGGAGAGCAGGAGCCCCGGGGUGCUGCAGGAGGACGGCCACUACAGCUGGAGCAGCACCCUGAGACUCCCUGCAGACCAGUGGACCAAGGCGCUCUCUGUGACCUGUGAGGCCACCCAGGGCUCCCAGACUCCAGUCUCAGAGACCCUGAGGAGAGACCAGUGCUCCCAGUCCUGACCUGACUCCCUGGGACUCUCAACCUGCUUUUACUCUUCUACUUCUC